AUGUACCCCAUGCUUGAUGAGGACUCACCCGUUGAGGGGGAUCUUUUGCCAUUAUUCCAGGAGCAGUGGCCUUACUACGGGGACAUGGACUACAUGCAUCCGUUUCUCACCGAGGAGAUUCCUGAAUUGCCGCUAAUCACCACUUACCAUGACGAUCUCUUCAAUGACCAAACGGUGAUCAGCGAUGGGAAUAGGCGGCGUACCACCGGGGGCACCUUGCAGCAACUGGAAGUGGGCAACAGCACGGUCGAAGUGCAGGGCAAUGGCAGCCAGUCCUUUCUGAACAUUGUCUACAGCAAAACGGAUGUCGCCGAGAAGACCGUGAAAGAGCAGAAUACAGAGCCGGACAACAAACCCAUCCAGGAAAGUCCUGGAUACACCAUCAACCACUACUUUUGUUCCCAUUGCGGCAACGGAUUCCGCACCCAAGGCGGCCUCACGAGCCAUGAACGGGCCUGCCAACGCCAAGAGCCAGUGGAGAAUCGCCAGUGCAAGGAGUGCCAAAAGAUCUUCAGUUCGGUGACACAACUCAAGAGGCACAUGGGAGUGCAUUCUACCAAAGAGCCAAUCCGUUGCGCCCGCUGCCAUCGCAAAUUUUUUGACGAGAGCAUUUAUUCGGCGCACUUGGAGCGACACAAGCGCCAGGACGAGCUGAAGGCCGAGGGAAACGCCCUGAGCGCCCAGCAGGACGGCAAGGAAUUGGUGGUCAAGGAGUUCAUGUGCUUAUUUUGCAAACAGAACUUUAAGGUCGCCUUUGAUGUCGGCCAGGUUAAGCGUCGCUCUUCCUGCGAUGCCUGUCUCCAGAAAUACAACAGUAACGAGGGAGUGCCUCAGCGCCAGCGACGUUAUUUGACCUGCAAUCGCUGUGGCCGCCACUUCGUCUUCCAUGGCUUCCUGCAGCGCCAUGAACUCACCUGCGAUGGCACCCUCAAGCGCGUUCACAGCAGGCGUCCAGGACUACCUUAA